AUGUUGAAAUGCUUACGUCCAAUUCUGCAUUGCAAACCCCAAAGAUUUUAUAUUCACACUUCUUCGAGCCUAAAGCUACCUAGAUAUCCUACAUCAAAUAGCAAUAAUAAUAGAACAAGAGUUACCAAAGAAAUUACACCUGAAGAAGUAGCAAAAUUUAAAGAGGCACAAGAAAGGGCCAAGCAGUCAGGAUCGUUUGAUAAUGUAAAUACAGAUUCUUAUCAACAGACUCAAAGUCCAUAUUAUUCAUCAAGUCAAUAUUAUAUACCCAAUAACAAAAAUGGUAUAAUAACUCCUCAAGAUCCAAUAUACUCAAUUUUAUCAGAGCCAACCAUUGUCAUUGAACGUACGAUUGAAUACAUGAAUUUAAUGAUAGGGUUCGAACAAAUAAACAAAUAUACAAUUAUGAAUUCAAGUGGUGAAAUAAUAGGAUUUAUGGAGGAAAAAGAAGCUGGAAUUGGACGAACGGUGGGUAGACAACUUUUCCGAACUCGUAGGCCAUUUGAGGUCGAUGUUUUUACUCCAAGUGGUGAGUUAGCAUUAACAAUUAAAAGACCAUUUCGAUUUAUUAAUUCAUAUGUGAAGUCUUUACUACCAGGAUACAACAAACAAAAUGAUGAACCCAUGCUCGAAAUAGUUGGUGAAAGUGUUCAAAAAUGGCAUUUAUUUAGACGAAAAUAUAAUUUAUUUAAAUUAGAAGAUGAAAAAACCGAUGAUUAUGAACAAUUUGGUGAUAUUGAUGCUCCUUUUUUAUCAUUUGAUUUUCCUAUUAUAAAUGCUGAUAAUAAAAUUAUUGCAAGUAUAGAUAGAAAUUGGGUUGGGUUAGGUAGAGAAAUGUUUACUGAUACAGGUGUAUAUAUUUUAAGGUUCGAUAAAGAAAGUUUCAGAGGAUUGGCGAAUUAUGAUGAUGUAAGUAGUCAAGGGGUUACAAUUGAUCAAAGAGCUAUUAUUUUGUCUUGUUUCACUUCAAUUGAUUUUGACUAUUUCUCAAGACAUAGUAGUGGACAUGGAUUGUUUUCAUUUGGAGGUAGUUAUGAUGACGUAUAG